GCCGCCCCCGGCCGACGAGCAGCCCGAGCCCCGCACGCGGCGCAGGGCCUAUCUGUGGUGCAAGGAGUUCCUGCCCGGCGCCUGGCGGGGCCUUCGCGAGGACCAGUUUCACAUCAGUGUCAUCAGAGGUGGCCUCAGUAACAUGCUGUUCCAGUGCUCCCUACCCGACACUCUGGCCACCAUUGGUGACGAGCCUCGGAAAGUGCUCCUGCGGCUGUACGGCGCGAUCCUAAAGAUGAGGUCCUGUAAUAAAGAGGGAUCCGAACAAGCUCAGAAAGAAAAUGAAUUUCAAGGGGCCGAGGCCAUGGUGCUGGAGAGCGUCAUGUUCGCCAUUCUCGCCGAGAGGUCCCUCGGGCCGAAGCUGUACGGCAUCUUCCCCCAGGGCCGCCUGGAGCAGUUCAUCCCGAGCCGGCGAUUAGACACUGAAGAAUUAAGUUUGCCAGAUAUUUCUGCAGAAAUCGCUGAGAAAAUGGCCACGUUUCAUGGUAUGAAAAUGCCAUUCAAUAAGGAACCAAAAUGGCUUUUUGGAACAAUGGAAAAAUAUCUAAACCAAGUGCUGAGAAUUAAGUUCACCGGGGAAGCCAGAGUUAAGCAGCUGCACAAAUUCCUCAGGUUCAAUCUGCCUUUGGAGCUGGAAAAGCUGAGGUCAUUGCUCGAGUCCACUCCGUCUCCAGUCGUCUUUUGUCACAAUGACUGUCAGGAAGGUAAUAUCUUGCUGCUGGAAGGGAGAGAGCAUUUUGAGAAGCAGAAGCUGAUGCUCAUCGACUUUGAGUACAGCAGUUACAACUACAGGGGGUUUGACGUUGGGAAUCAUUUCUGUGAGUGGAUGUACGAUUAUAGCUAUGAAAAGUACCCUUUUUUCAGAGCAAACAUCCUGAAGUACCCCAACAGGAAGCAACAGCUCCAUUUUAUUUCCAAUUACUUGGCUGCAUUCCAUAACGAAUUUGAAAACUUCAGUAAUGAAGAAAAGUCCAUUAUAGAAGAAGAAAUGUUGGUCGAAGUCAACAGGUUUGCCCUUGCAUCCCAUUUCUUCUGGGGACUGUGGUCCAUCGUGCAGGCCAAGAUUUCAUCCAUUGAAUUUGGGUACAUGGACUACGCCCAGGCGCGGUUUGAUGCCUAUUUCGACCAGAAGAGGAAGCUGGGGGUGUGACUGCGGGAGGACGUCGUGCGCUGCAUCCCUGGACGGCGCGGGGCGGCCGAGCCAGCGGCCCCUGUGCUCCGACGACUGCACCCGCGGCGAGAAGGCGCCUCCUGCCGCACGCAGAUGUGUAUGAUACGAAAGACUGUAUUAAAUGGAGUAACAUUUCUUUCAUACCUUGUUUACGAUUCCGCUAGGCCUCUGAAAUGCGAUCGGGACGCAGAACUAUAGUACAAUAGUGCACUAGAGCCAUAUCCCAGAAUCCUCUUAAUCGAGACACGGCGUUCCACGUGUGGGGCCCGGCGCCCUCCGUCCGAUGUGGCCAACAGCCCAGACGGGGUUCCUGCGGGUACUUUCUUUGGUUAAUGUUGACUUUGAAAGGAUUUUCAGAGCCUGGUGAACGCUGUGACCAGGCUCUCUGUGUAAGCAGGUAGACACUGCUCGCUCCCCGGGGCGGCGAGAGAGCAGACAGACUGUGAUGUCGCUCCGUGGCCUGACCGUGGGUCUCCAGAAGCUGCUCCUUCGCCCUUUUGGUCCAAAUGACUUUCUGAGCUGACUGGAAGCAUGUGAAGCAGCCCGUCAAGAGACAGCCGACUGCACGUGACGGGCGCGAGCUCUCGUCCAGGCACAGGUGGAUGUAGCUGCUCCGACCUGUUGUGCAUAUUUUGUAACACAGGCGAACCUCACCCUGACUGGACGCCACCUCGCCUGGGCCCUCCUACCGACCCGCAGGCAGGGAGCCUCGGCCACCGGGGUCCAGCAGCUGGACAAGGGGCCACGCGGACACGCCUCCCGUCGCCCUCCCUCUGUCCUGCUCUCUGCAGCCUUUUCUCCUCCACCUCUGCUCAGCCUGGAGCUGGGGAAUGUGACCGGCCUGCUGCUGCCCCUGGCACUGCGGCCUUGGGGUGCCUGGGGGCACAGGGGGACCCUGGCCCGGGCUCUCGGGGCCAGCCCUGCCUGCCCUCACUGCUCCGUGCCGUCCUGGACGCGGGCACCGUGGGAGGCAGCAGCCCGCAUGUGGAAUGGGGGUGUGGCUUGAGCCAAGCUGUGAAAUCCAGAUAUGUUAAAUGUCCUUUGGGAGAAAUUCUUUUUUUACCUCUGAACUCUUAUUUGAAUUGUUUUUGUGCAUAUGUUUCUGCUACCACAGAGAUUGUACCAUACAGAAUUAAAGAAAUAAAAACACACCCUCAGCUGUCA